ACGUGCUUCCUGUUUCUUCCCCUGCUGUUGCUGCACGUUGCGUUUUCAGAGCAACAAACCUCCGAGCUGAGAAAACAGAGACAAAACACACAAACAUGCCGAAAGCCAAGAAGUCCGGCAAGAGGAAGAAGUUCGACUACAACCAGGACCGGAAGAAGAUGAAGAAGAAGUUCAUAAAGAAAUGCAACCCGAGGAUAGAGAAUCCACAGAUUCGAAACGCCUGGGACGACAAGAAGUCGAUGGCCAGGAACCUGCAGGAGAUGGGUCUGGCGUUUGAUCCGAACCGGACUCUGCCGAUAAAGAAACAGAGGCUCCUCAGCGACGACAAAGAGACUAAAGCUCCCGUCAACAUCGUCACCAAGCCCUACGUCCUCAACCAGCUGGAAGAGGAGGCCAGCCGUCCGGAGAAAGACUCCAAGACGUUAUCCUCAGACCUGAUCGAGUACGUUCAGUACAUGAUCCAAGAACACAAAGACGACUACAAGGCGAUGGCCAGAGAUGAGAAGAACUACUACCAGGACACACCCAAACAGAUCAAGAGGAAAAUCAACGAGUACAAGCGCUGCCACCCGCAGCACUACGACGCCUUCAUCAGCUCGUUAUCUGUUCCACAGCCGAUGGACCAGUAGAUGGACUGUAGACCCCUGCUCUGGACUUGAUACCAGUCUCCAGGAUGAGACGGAUCUCAUUCUGGAGAGACUGGAUACUGUUGGAUUUCAGACAGUACGUUCAGACUGUGACAGAAUUCACAGAAAAGACAGACAAUAGAGUAAAAAUCUGCAGCGAGAGGAAGGACAUUUCUCUUCUUCCUGUCCUCCCUCUCAAGAUUUUGUGUUUUUAGCUUUUACGUUAUUUACAGGAAAAGUGCCAACUAUGUGUUCUGUGUGAGAUACAUUUUUAACCUAUCAUCAGCACCAUUUUUCCCUUCUUGUCCAUAUUAUCAAUAGUUUCAGGACAGAUUUCAGAUCUUCAUUUAAUGCCUCAGAUGUCUUGACGUCUGAGGGCGAUGUCACUGCAGUGGAAAUGUUGAAGACAUGUUUCCACACACAUAAAACGCAUAGAAAAUUAAAUUUACAACGCAUGUAGCCGAAUUGACCCAGUUUAUAUCAGUGACCUCUGAACAGCAGGGUUACAAUAACACGGUUUAGUUCAUAAUCUGAGAAUAAAUCACCUCAUUAAGAUGCCUAUUUACUCCCAUAUUAAACAUAUUAUUACAGAAUGGAAA